AUGUCUGGGGAUGAAUUUUCUGGAGGACAAAAGAUUAAUUAUCCAGUCCAAUUAUCAUCGAUUCCGGCGUUUUACCGUGGCGGGAGGAUUAUACCUAGGAGAGAACGGAUUCGGCGCUCUUCCUGGAUGAUGCGACACGACCCCUUCACUCUUAUAGUUACGUUGGAUAAUAGGAUUCCUAAUUGCCUAGGCCACCUUUAUCUUGAUGACUAUCAUAGUCGGCGACGUGGAGCAUCAUCUUAUCCCGGAGCUACAAUGCUUCACCUCAUGUACAAUCAGACGCCUAGCGUUGCUGGACAUGCCUCCAGUCAUGGACCUGGCGGCUUCCUUCAGCUUCGUGUAGUACCUACUCCUGGGAUGGAUAGCCAGUCAUCGCUUAAAAUGGCUGCUUUAAAUCAUGGUUACAUUGAACGCAUUAUCUUUUUAGGGUUUUCUCAUCCAGCCAUCCGUGCUACUGUGUUGUUCUCUGAUGGACGGCGGCAGUCCAUGGACUACACCUAUUCUGCCAAUUCUCCCAAACGGGCAGGAAUUCUGAUUAUUCGUAGGGCGAAUCUCAGACUCACUGAAGAUUGGCGCAUACACUUGGUAACUGAAGUUAAUAAUAGAGAAGAUUUGUGA